UCUUGAUCAAUACACCGCGCAAUGUUGGUCAUGGUUCUGAAGAAGAUAGGUGAAAAACAAAAAACGAAAACACAGGAGGUUGGUGGAAAAAGGGAACAGCUGACGCUGCAGACAGGUUUUGUUUAAAUUUGCCUUGAAAAACUUAUCGAUUUUUCUCAUAAUGGCUUAGUUUUUCGAAUGUUCCUUCAUUUUAAAGAAGUAUAAAAUGGAAAUAGUGGUUUGCAAGUGAAGUUGCUUUUGUUCUAAUUACCAUUGACAUCUGACGUUUUCAUCUGUAAAUAAACAAACUAGCCAUAUUUUAUGGCUUCUGCUGAAAGAAAGUACUUUGAUGUGAGAAUCUGUGAAUUGCUGAACAACUUGGCACCAUUAUAGUAAUCAGGUAGUAACUGAAAGGCAAUGAGGAAAGCACCAAGAGCAACGUGCGCAAUGCCUGUGCAGCAGAUUAGUGUCAAUCCUAUGGAAUGGAGUAAAGACGUACAGCAUGGUAUUGACGAAGCACCAGAAUGGAGGGAGGCAAUACUUGCCUUGUCUGGAGGUAACCCUGUGCCUCCUGAACGAUGUAUGUCCCAGGCCUCAACACUCUCCAACAGUUAUGAUAUCUGCAGAAUAUGCCACUGUGAGGGUGAAAGAGACGCACCAUUGAUAGCCCCAUGCUAUUGCUCGGGGUCACUACGCUACGUUCAUCAAGCAUGCUUACAGCAGUGGAUCAAAUCAUCAGAUAUUCGAGCUUGUGAACUUUGCAAAUUUCAGUUUGUAAUGUACAGUAAAAUCAAGCCUAUCAUGCAGUGGGAACAGCUGGAGCUAUCAGCAUUAGAAAGGCGCAAGCUGCUUUGUAUGGUUUUAUUCCACACUGCUGCAUUAUCAUGUGUACUCUGGUCUCUUCAUGUACUAAUAGAUGGAACCUUGGAAGAAAUCAACAAAGGUUUGCUGGAGUGGUCUUUAUGGACUAAGUUGAUUGGAGUUACUGCUGUGUUCAGUGGUGGUGUUGCAUACAUCUUCCAUCAAGGGAAAGCAUACUGUGCUCUUUGUCGUCGUUGGCGGGCUUUUAACAGGGUUAUCUAUGUGCAAAAUGCUCCAGAGAAGGUUGCAUUAGGCUCUCUUCAAAAUGUUUCUUUACACCAAACUCAGUGUUCUGAAGCAGCAAACGCCCUCCUAACAUCUGGUGGUUGUUGUGGAGUUGAAACAGAAUCUGCUGUUGCUGAUAUGCGUGAUAAUAUUCACGAGCGGAAUACAAGCAUUGAUCUACACCAAGAUCCUGCUACAUCAACAAGCCACUCCAAUAAGUCUGACAGCUCAAUGUGUAAACAAGAUAGUAUUCAGGAGAAGAGGAUGUGGUUUCGCAGCUCUUCUGUUUACAAUUCAAAGGAUAACCUUGGAGCUUGUUCAAAGUCUGGUUCUCUAAAUAAUGAUGAUAUCUCUAUUUCAUCCUUUGAUGAACUUACCAGUAGUUGUCUAAGGUCAAGUAGAAAUAGUAUAAAUGAAGACAUGGAGCCAUUGCCACCACCAGCAGCAUUUGUUGAUUCUGCCACCAAUACUGAGCUUGUAUAUGAAAAUGAGAAAUUGGAUGGUAAAAGUUUAAGCAAGCAGUGUUCUAGUUCAAGUGGCAGUCCAGUUCUUCCCCAAGAAUCUUUGCCUCGAUCAGGAAGUUCCUCUGUAGUAUCUCUGAACAAAUCUCUUGAUCAGGAUGUUGUUCCAGGUCAGUCCUUUACUCAUCAGUCCUCAUCAGAUCCCAACCAAGAAAAAUCCUCUGAUAGCAAAGUCAGCAGUGCCUUCAUGUUGGGUAGUGGUCUGACUUACAGCCGUCCAACCAGGGUCGGAUAUCCCUAUUUACUGUCUACAUUUCAUCCAAUGAUUCCCCCAAAUCUGAAUGUUCAGAAUGUUGGUCGCUCAGGUUCCAGCUCCAGCAGUAGCAGUGAAGAGUGUGUUGCAUCUUUAAUGCGACAAACACAAUCAAAUCUUUCAAAGCCCCAGCAGACUCGCCCCUGGACAGUUGGCGGUCCAGACUUCUUACAAUCAACUAAUUAUGACACUUCAGAUGAAGGUUGGAACCGUGUUGCGGAUGACAUUCGAUCUGACAGGUCAGGCAUUCGAUCUGCUACCGUCAGAUCAGAAACUGCAGCUAGAUUCCAAUGUCCCUCAGGAUCACAGUCACCUCUUCUUUCUGCCGCACAGUCCCAUUCAAAGACAAAAUAAGAUUUCUAAUUUAAGGAUUUGGGGCCAAAUGUGCAAUCCUAACUAUUGUUAAGGCUGUGAGUGAGAGUGCUUCAUUUAUAUACUGUAUGUGAAAAUUUAGUAAUAAUGAACUAGUGUAUUGUAGCAUGUUCUUAAUGGAUAAGUUAUGGAACAAAGAUAAUUCCUUUCAGUCUUCCGACGAUGACAUAAAUUCCAAACCAGCUGCCAAACCAACUGUGUUGCCGCCCAAGUCUUUUUGUUUUCUUUUUCAAAAAACAUUUGUAACUGCUCAAUCAAAACAGUUUAAUAAAUUUGGUAGCCUGUAUGGGUUUUAGAUGUGUUUAGAAAGCCAUGCAAUGAACUUAACUCUCCAAUUGACAGGGGUGGUUUUGCCUGAAUCAUACUUCAAAAGAAAACCAUGAACUGUGUAUUUCUUUGACUGACAACAUUUGCUACCUUCUAAAAAAUGUGUUAUGAUGUCCCAAUGUUUUCAACAUUUUACAAUUGACAUGGAAUUAUUACAAAGGCGAUAAAAUGUUUUUCACUGCCACUUGGAUAGGCUCUGCUGGGUGUGACUUCUAUAAAAUACUUCAUCAGAUGUUUUGUGUAUUUGCUUGUGAAACGCUUUACGCGUUUCCAUUAUUGUUUAAGCCCCAUAUUUGGUGCAAAAAUUUAGUGGUAUCUGUUGUUUAAUAUGUAUCUUAUCUUCUCUUGUUAUUAUGUUUUCUCUCUCUCUCCCUCUUUCUUAUUACUUUUUGUUUGUUUGUUUUUGUUACUUUUUCCUUCCUCUUAGUAUUUUGGAAAAUAAGUUUGUUUGAAAAAAAGUUUUUUAUUUGCAUGCAGGAUGAUAUGUAAACUAUUCUGUCACUUAAAAUUCUGUGCCAUUGAUUUUUAUUGGACAGUUAAAAAAACUGUUUUAUAGAUGCUUAAAAUGUUUCAUUAAUUUUAUUUUCAAGUCUGUGCAAUGAAGUAACAUCUCUUUGUUCUAUUUUAAGUAAAGUUUUAAAUAUGAUACUUUGAUGUACCAAAUGACAUUUGUUUUGUUUUGCUUAUUUUUUUUUGGCUUGUCUUGCUUCAUAAUUUCCUCUGAGUGAGUUAUCUAACACUUAUUUGUUCUCCAAUUUUAUUUUGUGAUACUGUAUUUAGUCAUCAAGUAUGUUAAAUCCAGUGUAAAGUCCUAAAACGUGCUUAAAUUUUUGUUGUUUUAUUAUAUUACGUAUAAUAUCCAUCUAUGGAUAUAUUUAUGACUUACUACAGUAAGUUUUUAUUAGACUGAUCAUUGAUAGUAUAAACAGGUGAGACAUACUAGUAUAUCAUAGACAUUUCUGCUAUAUCUGCAUUAUGUUUUUAAACUGUUUGGUUGAAUGUAAUUGGUAGCUUAUAAACCUGGUAAUCUGUAGCUGUAAGACAAAGGUUAAGAAGCAAUUCUACUUAAAAAUUCAGACCCUGCUGUUGCUCAAUACCUGGUUUUAGGGUACAAUGCACAUACCUGCAUCAAAGCUCAAAUUAACUACCAAUUUGUGAUCUUGGAAAGCUACAAAUUAGAACCAUGAGGCACAUUUCAAAGAGAGUUUAGAAAGUAUGUUCUUGGAUUUUAUCAGGUAAAGGCGUUACUUACAACCCCACCACCUACCACAGCAUGAAACAAAAGACAAUAAGGUUGUCCCAUUCCCCUCUUUUAUUAAUGGUAAGAGCACCCAAGGGAUAGGAGCAUGACAUUAACGAAGUGUGGAGUGAUUGCCUGUAAUAAGCCAGUGUUUUUCUUGUCUUUUCUUUGAAUUAUGCUGCUAGCCUAGCAUAUUUAUUUAAUUGCCAAUUCUUGCUUAAAACAACUUCUUUCAGGCAUGUUUUUGACAAAACUACAUAUUAUCUUUGUUUAUUUCUAGAUGUAGGUGUAUUGUUCAUGUGAAGCAAUACUAAGCAGACAACUCUGUGUGGAUUGUUAAAUAUCAAAGCUAUUUUGAACAACGCUGUCUUAUUCAAUUUUGAUCUUCUAUUCUCUUAUUAUUUAGACGAGCAACAUAGUCAUUACUGUAGAUGUUUUUCUUUCCUUUUUGUUUGUAGGUAAAAAUUGUUUGUUUCUUUCUUAUCGAAACUUCAUUUAUAUUGUUUUCUCUGUGUGUAGAAGAACCUGUUUUCCAUAUGUGUUGUCUAUGAACUUGAGGUUCAGUUCUGAUGUAGUAUUAUGUACUUAAUGCUGAGCAUAAAUGCCCUUUUUCUCAACAUUUCUGAAAAGAGACUCUUGCAAACCUAUGCUAUGAAAUCUUCAGUGUGCAUGCGCAUAUGAAUGUGUAUGUAUGUAUGUAUGUGUGUGUGUAAAGGUUUAUUUAGGUGAGCCAGGAGUGACAUAUAUAUAGAAAUGUGAACAAAUGCAAAUUGAAUUUUCUGUGUGAGUUUAAAAGUUUAUAUUUAUGGUUGAAGUGUGUUUGUUUGUCUAGUAUUGUGGCCAUGAAGCAUUGUCAAAUAAUGUUUUUGUGGUCUGUCUUUGUAAACUACUUGUCUAUAGCAAACUCUGAGUAAUGUGUCUGCUAUAAUUUAUUUGUUUUUCUCUUCAGUUUUGCUUCUAUUUCCAGUAUUAUCAUAGUUUAGCUUUGCAUUUUAUUACUGUCGUACUUUUUUUUCCUGAUUCAUUUAAAACAAUUUUGUUUUGAUCUGAGCCCUGUACUUAAUUUUACAUUUACAACCUAUAUUACUCAGUUUUGUGUCUUCAUCCAUUUUACCUUUAAAACUAUUUUUCCUUUUAUCACCAAAGCUUGAUUGUUGUGCUGGAGCAAUAACUAAGCUCAUGCCCAGCAAUGUGAUGUGAUAUAUAUAUGUGAUUGAAAGAAGUUUUGCUUUAUUAAUUUUAAUGAAGACAGUGCAUGUCAAUGUGUGAUCAAAUGACGGUCAAAAAAAAGUUUUUUAGUGGGUUUUUUGUUUUGUUUUUGUGACUUCUAGUUUUAAGGUUUAAUCCUUGUGACUUAUAUACAUUUGAUUAGCCUAAAUCUUAAGCAUUUUACCAAACCUUAGAUAUAUAUCCAUGUAUGCAUACAUGUUUCAUAUUGGUAACAAUAUUACUUAUGUACUUCAUUGCUGGACUUUUUAAUUAUAUGAUUAAUUAUGUCCA